AUGAAGAUCUUAAGCCUAAACUUCCUUACCUGUGCGGUGAAGGCCUGCAAAAGCUCCUCAGCUUCGUACCCUCUGCACCCCAAAGACGCCGAGCUGGUACAAGAUGACAUCGAGCUCAACCCACAACUCUUGGUCAAUCUGAUGCCCCGCAUUGAUUGGUCUGCCUUGUCCACGACUGCUACUGAGCUGGGCUUCCCAGCGCUCCCAGCUCAGCCCCCCACGCCGGAAGAGCUCGAGGCCGACGAGCAGAAGCUCAAGGACUUACACAACCUGCUCAUGCAGACGCAGAUCAUGGAGGGAAAGCUGGUGUGUGGAAACUGCGGGCACGAGUAUGCUGUUCGGGAGGGGAUUGCAAAUUUCUUGUUGCCCAGUCAUUUGGUAUGA